AUGCCCGCGUCUUUCCCGCCCCCCGGUCCGCGCCUGUCACCCUCCACAUGUGACCCGCGGCCCACAGCUCGCCGGUCGAAGCGCCUCCGUGCGUGUAUGUGCGUCGUGCGUGACCGCGCACGACGACCCUUUGCCGGCGCUCCCCCAUCACGUGGCCGGCGUGUCUCGUCACGUGGCCGGCGUUCCCAAGGGCUCGCCCCGUCGGAGUCUGCUUCCUGCCCGCACCCCGCGGCCCCGCCCGCGCGCCGGUGUCGCGGGCGCUCGGUGGACGGCGGACGGCGGCGUCCGCCCCGCAUCCUCAAGCGAGCCGUCGGGCCGACUCUGCGCCUGCGGCAGACCCGGCGUGCGGUCGGGGAGGCGAGCUCCACCGCGGUCCGGCUCUCCCUGGUUGGGCUCUCCCUGCGGUUCCUCUAUGGUCGUGUGACCGUGCCUGGGUUGUCUACGCUCCUGCCGGGCCUCGGUUUCUCCAUCCGUACAAUGGCUCUGUAGAAAACGACGAUCUCUCUGGCCUGUUCCAAGGACUCGGUGCGAGGAUACCAGAGUGUCGAGUAUGGCCCCUGGUCGGUUACGUCUGAGGGGAAGGAUGGUGCGGCUUCCUCCACAGAGUCACAGGUUUGAUCCAGCAGUCGGAUAGAAGUCUCUCCAGCCGACCGGAUGCUCCUGCCCUGUCGCACUGAUCCGGAGCAGUUGGGAAUUCAUGGCAGCACCGCUACAUUCCCACUAGGUGGCGCUGUCACAAAAGACAACGCCGUCUGAGGUUUCUGAACCCCAGAGCUGCAAAAUGCAGGUGCCAGCCUCUUCUAGCCUGAUGCAUUUGAGCCAGUUCAGCCUGUGACCUUUUGGCCCUUCUGCCGCCGCCACCUUUACCUCUGUUGAAGCUGACUGUACCUUGCUUGGUUCUGGGCUGUUCAUUCCCUCAGUGAUGUUAGCAGAAGGCGUCCCUUGGCCGAGUUCAACUUCGGAUUUUUAAAGAAAUUCCAUGUUGUUAUUUUAUUUUUGAAGGGGGAGGGCUGGUUUUCUUGUGAUGUGAGCAUCACGAUCAUUUAGCUACAUACCGUCUUCGUGUACGUGCUCACAAGCGGGAAGCAUAAAAUGAUGGGGUAGGCCAAACCUAGCAGUGGUUCCCCAACAGUCUAGGAGGGUCGAAAGUCCAAGGCCUACAUGGGUAACUUAAUGAGCUUCUGUCUGGGCCACGAAAGUAAUGAAUAAGAAAAGGCUGGGGAUAUGGUAGGCUGCUUGCCUAGUAAUGUGGAAGCCCUGGAUUUGAUACCCUUAUCACGACACAAAAACGAGUAAUGGUAAGUCUAGUCUACCAAGGACUCCCUGAGCCAGGGAUAUUUCGCAAAUAUUUCUAAUCCUUCCAACAACAUUGCAAGGUAAGUGUUUUAAUUCUUAUUUUACAGAUGGAGGUUAGGAUCUCUAGCUACUGAGCUGGACUUUUAGGUCUGUGCCCAUGUCCUCUACCCUAUUCGGUCUUCUUACUUGCUUGUUUUAUUUAUUUUUUGUUAUUUGUCAGGGUUUUGCUAUGUAGCCCAGGCUGGCUGGAAUCUUCAUCCUCCUGCCUCAGCUUCCCAGUGAUGAGCUAGCUGAUAGUCAGGCAUACACCACCUUGCUCAGCCCCCACAUGCUUUAGAACUUUUUACAGGUCACAUGACUACAGCCCUGAUCCAGGAAACUGGAACUUGAGACAAGGAAGUGGACCGUCUCUCAGCCUUCAAGUACUGGGAUUACACAGGCACACACCAGGCCUGACUAGAGCCUUCUCUAAAAACUUUGUGUGUAUGCAUAUUUUGCAUGCACAUAUGCACAUGUACCACAUAUGUUCCUGGUGCCCACACAGCCAGAAGAGGGCAUUGGAUUCCCUGGAACUGAAGUUACAGAUGAUUGUGAGCUGCUGUAUGGGUGCUUGGAACUGAAACCCAGUUCUCUGUAAGAACAAGGAAGUGUUCUUAUUUACUGAGCCAUUGUCCUACCCCAUAUGAAAGUUUUAAAUGUAUACAUUUAUUUAUUGUCCUGAAGAUUGAACCCAGAGUCACACCUAUGUUAGACUUUGCCAUUGAACUAUAUCUCAUAAGGGCUUAAUUUGGAAGAAAACACAAUGAGAGAACCCCACAAUAUUACAAACUGGUAAGCCACACCCCACCUCCCGAGGAGCCCACAAGUCGUGGUCUCUGGAGCAUGGCGUCUUCUAUUGCUGCUUUGUUCAGUAUCGCAGGUCUCUGAUAAACCUCAUAUGACGUCAUACCUAAAAUAAUUGGGCAUAGUGUGGCCUCCAGCAGAACUGGCAAUGAGUGCAUAGGUUUGUUUAGUGAAUUCUGGGGCAGGAAAACAGUGGGUAAAAGGUCCCUGCCUUCAUGGAACUCAUGGAAAAGAUGAUAAAGCCAUAAUCUACAAGUAUGGGAAGUGGACAAAUGCUUCCUGAGCACCAACUGUGUGAGGCACUGAAGAAGCAGCCCCGAGUGAAGCAGACCCAGUCCUUACAUUCUCAGGUUUAUGUUUGGCCUGGCAGAUCAGAUGCCACACAAGCCUAGUGCAGUUUAAUCCUGCUUACCCACAAAGGUAGAAGAGUAAAGACUGCACAAAACUGUCCUGUGAUCUUCACCCACUAUGCCAUGGCCUCUGCCUCACCCCCAUAAAUAAAUAAAAACUUAGAGAACCAGACAUUUACUGCAUGGACAGACGUUAAAGCGCUGAAUUGCAGUUGUAGUGAGUACCUCGUAGGAGAAGACUGGAGGUCUGGGAAGGUGUUCUCAAGAGUGCCUAGAGUGGACGGAGCAAGAGUCGACAAGUCCCAAGCAGGAGAGAUGGCAUUAUGGGAAUUGUAAUUAGAUAAAUUUAUUAAGACUGCUAGCAGGGUGACAGCCUUAAAAGCCAAAUUGAAGGCAUGCUACGCAGAAUGGGCUAAGGGAAGGAUUUUUAAAGGUGACAACCACAACAACCUUGUUUCUUUGGAAUGCUCAGCUGUGUAAACCACUUCACUCCCCUCAGCUGUGUGAGGAGCUCUCUUCUCCCCAUUCACAGCCAUAACCGAGGUACCUCACUCCCUAUACACAGUGAUAAGCGGGUUUACAGAAGCCAGAGCAAGCUGUUAAUCAGUUCCAAGGGUGCAGGUUCCAAGGAGCUCAUCUUUCAGAAAUUUAGGGCAGAGGCUAAUGGCUAUGAAGGAGAUACCUGGUACAGAAUGGAAUUUCCGUAGCCAUCACAUCUUGAAGGAUGUGGCAAGUUGAAGAAACAGAAGAAUAGUAAGUCUUGAAUAGAGGAGAAUGAUGGAGGUCAGGCAGACAAAGGCUGAAUCUUGCAGCUGUUUAAGGAUUUGAGCUUCUUUUGUAAGCUCUGGGAGGCUCAAAAGGUCAACAGAGCAUUAAGAAGCUAUGGAAGCAAAUGUCAGUACCAGCACUAACAGCUGAGCUUUGCGGGAAACUAAGAUUUAGUUCUGAAGGGGAAGGAGUUUGGGAAGGAAGACCUAAAAUUUCCUAGACAAAAGGGAUCAAGCACUCGGGAUGCUGAGACAGGAGAUCAUGAAUUUGAUGUCAUCCAGGGCUACACAGACACUGUCUUUAAAAAAAAAAAAAGGAAUUGGAGUGAUAUCUCAGUAGUAGAGGACUUGCUAAGCUUGUCCAACCCCUAGGGCAUACCACUGAUAAAUAAUAGAAUCAAAGAAUACUUACCCUUAUGGAGAGAGGCUUGUGAAACAGUGAAUGAAGAAGGGUAACUACAAACGUAUAACAAGCAUAAUUUGCUCCUCUUUGCAAAAUAACCAAAAUGUAUGCCUUAUGUUUAUAUCUUUAUACCCAAAAUAUGACAUGAAUGUCCACAGCAGUGUUAUUUUAAUGGUCCUAAGUAGAAAACAAAUGUCCAUCAGCUGGGUGGUGGUGGAGCACGCCUUUAAUCCCAGAACUCGGGAGGCAGAGGUGGACAGAUCUCUGUGAGUUUGAGGCCAACCUGGUCUACAAGAGCUAGUUCCAGGACAGGCUCCAAAGCUACAGAGAAACCCUGUCUCAAAAAACAAAAAAAAAAAAAAAAAAAAAAAAAGUCUAUCAGGGGUGGAAUGGAUAAAUAUAGUGUAGUCACACUCUGCAGUUAUGAAGGGUGAACAUCAACAAUGACCACCAUAGUUCUCCCUAACAUAAGAUCAAUAAAACAGAUACAGAUUAUUAUUCCAUUUAUAUGAAGUCUAACAGGCAAAGUUGACUUCUGCUAUUAGAAGUCAUAAUGGUAGCUCUUUUUUUUUCUUUUAGUCAUCUAAGAAAAUUGCUGGUGGGUGUGGUGGUACAUGCCUGGAAUCCCAACACUUGAUAGGUAGAGUCAGCAGGAUUAGGAAUCCAAGGCCAGCUUCAGCUCUGUUGUGAAUUUGAGAUCAGCCUGGGCUUCAUGAAACUCUCAAAAAUAAAUUAUGAUAAAAUACAUAUACCAUAAAAUUUUCCAUUUGCAUUCAUACUAUUGUGUAAUCAUUCCCAAUAACUGGUUCCAGAAUUUUGUUUUUUAAUAUUUAGUUUCAUUUUAUGUGUAUGAGUGCUUGCCUGCAUGUAGCCCCACAGGUGUCUGUGUAUACCAAUGUGUGUGAUGUCUUUGGAGGCCAGCAUCCCCUGAAACCGGUAUUACAAGUGGUUGUGAGCUGUCAUGUGUACUAGAGCUCAGACUGGAGACCUGGAAGAGCAACCCGUGCUCUUAACUACUUUUACAUUGCUCCAGCUCCACUCCAGAACUUGAAGUACUGUUGACUGGGGUCUCUGUCCUCAGGGAGGAGAGAAUGACUGGGAGAAACACCUGGCUAUUUAUUAAUAAUUGUUCCUUUAAACAAAAUUUCUCUCAAGGCCGGGGGCGGUGGUGGCGCACGCCUUUAAUCCCAGCACUUGGGAGGCAGAGGCAGGCGGAUCUCUGUGAGUUCGAGACCAGCCUGGUCUACAAGAGCUAGUGCCAGGACAGGCUCCAAAACCACAGAGAAACCCUGUCUCAAAAACCAAAAAAAAAAAUUUUUCUCUCAAGAUGAUGUAUCCAGAUACAUUGACUAUACUUCUCUGUGUGAAUGUUAUACCUAAAUAAUUGUAGAUAGUUUUGCUGAGUAGAUGUCUCUCUCCUUAGUAGUAGGACUCUGAGUCUGCUUUGCUAAUUGUAUUGUUUUAGUUCUUUAUGAACACAAGUAUUACUCUGGCAACAAAUUUUUAAAAUGUAAAUCACUUUAAAUAAAGGAAAUACAAUGUUUUCAAAAGAAAAUAUUCCUUGUAAUCCGAGGCACUAGAACUCUGCUUACUCAUGUUUGUGUCAUGGUUGACAUUUCUGUGUUGUAGAAGGAUGUGGGUACUGAUGAGGAGGGAGGGCGGCCCACUCUCCUCUGUCACUGGUGAUUAUCUCCGUAGAGUCAUCCUUGCCAAACUAGAAGUAAACUUGAAGCCAACACUAAAGUUUGAGAAGAUAAUGUAAAGACCAAGGUAUACACUACCUGAACUGGCAAGAUCUAGAAGUCUGUCAUCUGGAAGGAAAUGAAUGGUGCCCCUAGUCUGUGAUGAAAAGAGUGAGUGGCCUUUAGUAUGUCAUCAGAAAAGAGUAAGCACUCCAGGAAGUUUAGCAAUAGGAGGCAUUGCCAGCCUUCUUCACGCUUCACCGACUGGAGAUGCUGUCUCCGGAGUGUGGAAUAACUAAGCUACCCAGUCCCUGUUAGGCUCCCACACUCCUCUCUGUCCUUUCCAGAGCAGUCGUCACAAUGGCUGCUAAUCUGCUGCCACUGUGGUCUCUUUAAUAACUGGAACGAAGUCUUUUUGAUUACUGCCUCCACAGCUCCAAAUAAUUCCGGGCUCACAGGACAUACUCAAUCCAAGUUGAUCUAAAUUGUUGGAGACAUAUCCUGCCCUUGAGUCUUUCCCCAAGUGCUGUGACUCCACACUCUGCUCCUCUCUAGGCUUCACUUGGUGUUCAGAUCUCUUCUGAAGAAAGUAUUCCCCAUGCACCUGUGACGUAGAUCUAAACCCACCUCCACACGCACUGUGGAUGUUCUCCCUCCCCAUCACCUUGCUGCUUCUACUGCACUUUCCUGACUUUGCCCUUCAAAGUCUUCCCCAUACCCCUUUUCCCAUGCUGGGGAUUGAAUUCAAGGCUAUGCACACACUAGGUGAGCACUCCUUCACCAAGCUGCAUCACUAACUCCUGGACUCCCCAAAUCCGAGCACUUGUUAAGUUGCUUCUGCCUGAAUUUAUAGCAGGGACAAUAAAACAUGUCUGUCAUGCAUUAUUUUCCGGCUAAGCCCUCAUCUUAAGCCAGGCCCUAUGCUAGUUCCUACUCUAGUUGGAAAGGCAGUGCUGCUGUAGGAUUCCAUUAUGGUAAAGCCUAACAAGGUACCUAACUCAAUCCUAGUCACAGUUUCCCUGAGGAACUGAAAUUCCUGCGAACACUCAAGUUUAAGUAGAAGGAGUUGGGCAGCGGGUGAGAAAAGAGCUGAAGAGAACUCUAUGUUUAAAAGGCCAAGGGCUGGGAGGGGUAAAAUAGCCAAGGAUCUUGAAGACAUUGCCACGAGCUGAGUGUGGAGCUGAGGACGGUGUGCCCAGGUGAGGUUGGGGAGCAGGCGCUGAUGGAAUAAAAGAAGCCUUGGCUGCCUGCUAAGUUUGCUUCAGAAGGAGUCUUUUUGGUUGAAAGUGACCACUGAUCUGCUAAGAAAAAAGGGGUCCUAUAUGGGCUCAGUAGCUAAAAGUUCAGGGCUUUCAAGAUCAAAGAUGUCAUUGAGUUUUGACAUCGCUCUCAUCUUUGCUCUCCUUUGUGCUUGCUCCAUUCUUUUCUCUGUGAAAUGGUCCCCUGAUCUCCCCAAACACAGAAGACGACUGCAGUGGAAGGGACCAUUGAUAUUGGCCGCUUGUCCAUACGUCAGAACCUUCAAGGCUACCUUCUUUUCAGGAGGUCUAGACCUUUCUAGCUUAGAUCCCCCCCCCCCCCCCCCGAAGGUUGGCAAGAUCUUGGCCUUAUAGUAACUUAUGGAAGCAGAGAAAGGGACAGGUGAAGGGACUCUAUUCCAAAACUCCAAAGCAAUUUGCUUUUUUAAACUAGCCAGCCUCCUGUUCCCUGCUUCUUUGUCCCAGGUCCUAACAUGCAUAUUCUCUGUCUCAUCCUUUGCUUUCCUGAAGAGCAGAACAUAAAGAGGGUAAGAACAUAAAGGACAGUAACCUUAGAAACAGCCCCAACCCACCCCGCGUCCUACGAGAGCCUGACCUACCACCCACUCUCGCUCCCUCCCAGUCCUACUCAAACCUUGCCAAGUCCUGCCCCAAGUUCGGGGCUUUUGAACUUGUCCACUGAGCAGAGAGAGGGUCGCCUUCUCACACGCACCCCUCCUAGGCAGGCCCAGCUAAAGAGCAUCCCACUCAGGGACCACCUUUUUUUCCCUGGGAUCCCGCGCUUCCGCCUCUGGGGCGGAGACUCCUCCCCUCGCAGUCCCAGUUGUGUUCCCUGGAAGAGCCGCCGCCGGGUCCGGCACCGGGGAGAAGCCGGGUCCUCCUUGCGUUCUAGGAACCGUUCAGUCCUGGAGGCCGAGAGCCCCACCCGGAAUUUGGCGGCUGCGCGGCUUCAGCACCGCGGACAGCGCUCCGUCUGCAGCCCCUUGAGUCUGCGGCGGCGAAGCCGCGCUAUGCUGGCGGCAUGGCCCGGCGCUCCAGCUUUAUGGCGCUGCUGCUCAGCUUCGGCCUUCUCUGGCUGUGUUCAGAGGUUUUGGCUACCGACACAGAAGAGCGGCUAGUGGAGCACCUCCUGGAUCCCUCCCGCUACAACAAGCUGAUCCGUCCAGCCACGAACGGCUCGGAGCUGGUCACUGUUCAGCUCAUGGUGUCCCUGGCCCAGCUUAUCAGUGUGCAUGAACGGGAGCAGAUCAUGACCACCAAUGUCUGGCUGACCCAGGAGUGGGAAGAUUAUCGCCUCACCUGGAAACCUGAGGACUUCGACAAUAUGAAGAAAGUCCGGCUCCCUUCCAAACACAUCUGGCUCCCAGAUGUGGUCCUAUACAACAAUGCUGAUGGCAUGUACGAGGUGUCCUUCUACUCCAAUGCGGUGGUCUCCUAUGAUGGCAGCAUCUUUUGGCUACCGCCUGCCAUCUACAAAAGUGCGUGCAAGAUUGAGGUGAAGCACUUCCCGUUUGACCAGCAGAAUUGCACGAUGAAGUUCCGCUCAUGGACCUACGACCGCACAGAGAUCGACCUGGUCCUCAAAAGUGACGUGGCCAGCCUGGAUGACUUCACACCCAGUGGGGAGUGGGACAUCAUUGCGCUGCCAGGCCGGCGCAACGAGAACCCAGACGACUCCACCUAUGUGGACAUCACCUAUGACUUCAUCAUUCGUCGCAAGCCGCUCUUCUACACAAUCAACCUCAUCAUCCCCUGCGUGCUCAUCACCUCGCUGGCCAUCCUGGUCUUCUACUUGCCCUCGGACUGUGGUGAGAAGAUGACGCUCUGCAUCUCCGUGCUGCUGGCGCUCACGGUAUUCCUGCUGCUCAUCUCCAAGAUUGUGCCUCCCACCUCCCUCGAUGUUCCGCUGGUGGGAAAGUACCUCAUGUUCACCAUGGUGCUUGUCACUUUCUCCAUCGUCACUAGUGUGUGUGUGCUCAAUGUACACCACCGCUCGCCCACCACGCACACCAUGGCUCCCUGGGUCAAGGUGAUCUUCCUGGAGAAGUUGCCCACCCUGCUCUUCCUGCAGCAGCCACGCCACCGCUGUGCCCGUCAGCGCCUGCGCCUGAGGAGGCGCCAGCGGGAACGCGAAGGUGCAGGCGCGGUCUUCUUCCCUGAGGGCCCUGCCGCUGACCCAUGCACCUGCUUUGUCAACCCCACGUCAGUGAAAGGCUUGGCUGGGGCUUUUGGGGCCGAGCCCAUGCCUGCAGCUGGCCCGGGGCACUCGGCAGGGCCUUGCAGCUGCGGCCUCCGAGAGGCAGUGGACGGUGUACGCUUCAUUGCAGACCACAUGCGAAGUGAGGAUGAAGACCAGAGCGUGAGGGAGGACUGGAAAUAUGUUGCCAUGGUGAUCGACCGCCUGUUCCUCUGGAUCUUUGUCUUUGUCUGUGUCUUUGGCACCAUCGGCAUGUUCCUGCAGCCUCUCUUCCAGAACUAUACUGCCACUACCUUCCUCCACCCUGACCACUCAGCUCCCAGCUCCAAGUGAGGCCUCACUCGUCUGCAGCUCCUCCCUGUGACCCCUGGGGUUCAAUAGUACUGGGUGGAAGAUGGCUCCAUCCCCACUCCUCUGAAGACCUGUUUCACACACCCACUCACGUAGCCCUGCAGCCUGGAGGCUGUGCCAGCUGCUCUCCUUCCCCUCCUGAGCUAAUCCAGGCAGUAGUGAUAAUGGUGGGAGCCAAGGCUGGUAAGUAGAAGUCAGAGGAGGAGGGGCCAAGAAAGGGACAGAGUUAUCUAUGGCCUCCAAGUCAUGGGAGAAGAGGAGGUGAGAAGAGGGGCUCAGAUCCUCCAGCCAGGCUGACAGUGGAGACCGCUGAGAUAGAUGUGGGGGAGUGCGGCCAAUAGUUGACACCCGGCAACUUAUGUGGACAGCAGCUGGUCUGGAAGGAUCGCAGUUUUAGGGGGUCCUUCUGAGAGCUUCCCGGGGAGCUUCAGCUUAGGCUCUCCAGAGCCCAGCUCCAAGGCCACAGACUGUUGGACAGACACAAGAACACUGUGAAGUGAACGGCCCCUUGGAGCACUUCCCAGCCAUCAGGGGCGCUCCUGGGCAUCUCUGCUUGGUGGCAGAAGGGACCUCCUCUUACUAGAACAAGAAAUUGCCUAUAGAAGGACUCCCUCUCCAAACUUCCAGCCCCAGAGAAAGCACCCUGGCAUCAGAAGCAGCAUCUGGAAAGAUGGUGCACCUCUGGAGGGCAGAACCACUGCAGGCUCCAGGCUCAGAGACCCCACCAGCUGUUGCUGCGCCCACCUUGACUAAAUUAACUGGCUGUCAACUACCUCCUGUAACUGGCUGUUGUGCAAAUUAGUCACCAGCCAGGGCUGGCAAGGUCAGUGAGCAGUUUGUCCGACGCUUCUCCGUGUACUGUUGAACAUAUCAGGCAAACAGUGCCCAUCUUAGAACUUGCUUUCAGCAUCUGUACAGUGGGAACCGAGGUUGGCAGGGCUGUGAUGGGUGGGAAGGACCCGUGCUGGUGAAGGAUCCUGAGGAAAUGCUGUCCCUCCCACUGGGUGUAAUCUUUUGAAGAAGAGACUGCAACAAGGGAGGGGAGGUAAGAGGCCAUCAUGUGUCAGAGCAGUGUGAGCCCUAAAAGAUACUAGGAGGCUUUGGGGGAAACUCAGUCCCUGCCACUUUGUGGCUUUCUGUCUCUACCCUGGGAGACUCCUUGCCUCCUCCAUGAAGCCUUCUCUGAAGAGAAUCAGGUAACUGGUUUGUUGAGCCUGCAUGGGUAUCUGGGACAGGGUGGCCUGGGAGUGGCAGUGAAGAAGGGAGUUGGGGAUUCCCAUCAGUGACCAAGCUCCAGCAAGCUGGCGACCGCCUUGGCCUGGAAACAUGGCCCACAGACUCCCUGCCACUGUGGAGACCUGCCAGUCUGGAGCAGCUGGUGCCAAGGGUGAGGAAAGCCAAAACAAACAGAACACAGGACCCUCCAGAUUUUCUUUUGUUGUUGUUGUUUUGGGGUUGGAGAUUAAAUGGAAAAGGACUUCCUUGUAAGGAACAAGAACAGUGAGGGACUGGGCACUGUUCCUAUCCUCUGGGACUCUGCCUUUGACAGUCCUGAGCAGCAGCAGAACAUGUCUUCAGAGAGCCUGGUACCUGCUCCCUGCCAGUCACCUUGGCCUCCUGGGGAGGAAAGCCAAGGCCUUUAGAGCUGCCUGAACUCUCCCCCAAGCAGAGUGACACGGUCCCUGUCUAUUGUCACCCUCUGCUUCCAGGCAGAAAUGGCUGUUGAGCCCCUCUUACGUUGGCCAGCUUCCCACUCACCAAACCUAACUGGACAGAACAACGGUCACUUUGUAGUAAUUAUCCCAUCAUGUCUAAGAAGUCGGUCAGUGUGCUGGUCACGUGCUUCCCAAAGGACUAAAACUUUGGGAACUGGUAGGUUCCUCACCCACCCAUCUCUAUACCAUCUUGGCACACCCGUCUCCACUCUCAGAGUAUGUGCAGUGGUCCACAUCACUUUCCCUAAACCUAUGUCCCCACUCCUGCUGCCCACCCCUGUAGCUGGACUCAUUCCUCUUAAAAUUGUUUCUAAAUAUUGCCUUGUUACUUUGUUCUGUUUGGGGAGAAGGGCGCUAACCCUUACAGACAAGACAGACACAAGAGAAGGGGAGAACACUAGAGAACCCCCACUCGCAGCUCUGGCUUUUCACCUCUGCCCAAAUCCUGGGAUCAGAGUGAAACUGUGGCUGGGCCUCUCUGCCUUCAGCUUAGCCUUCAGAAAACUGUUUCCUACCUUCAAGGCUGGGAGCCAGGGAUCCUGUGUAUGCCAAGCAGUACUGCACCCUGAGCUACAUCCUCAGAGACUGGAAUACUCCAUUUCCCUGGAGGCGGGCCCAGUGGCUGAGGACAGAGACAUUUGAGACUCUAGGACAGCAGGAGCUGUCACCCUGAACUGCCUUUAAAACUGCUCAAUUCCUGAGUCCUGCAUCGAAACAGGUGAUAAACAAUACCACAUAAAGUCCUGAUCUAAAGUGUUAUGACCUCGGUUGGCCCAUCGUCUUUCACU